GGACAGUGGAGAGAGCUUCAAUAACCUUUCUCUUCUUCACUCAAACUGCUGUCAAGAUCGAUUGAGAGCAAAACAAAAAUGAGAUUCUCAAUCUUGAGAAAAGCUCUACAGAGUCGAAACACAAAUAAUAUAUCCUCACUAUUCAACUCCACAACUACUUUUCGUCCAUUCUCACAAGUCUCCUCGCAAUCCCAACGACCUUCAUUUGGUAUUGCCUUCGAUAUCGACGGCGUCCUUCUGUUAGGCAACACGCCUAUUGGUGGCUCUCCUUCGGCUCUUAAGAGACUCUACCAAGAAUCUGGUGAUUUGAAGAUUCCUUAUGUGUUCUUGACUAAUGGAGGUGGUUUUCGUGAAUCUAAAAGAGCCUCUGAGUUGAGUAAACUUCUGGGUGUAAAUGUUCUACCUUCACAGGUCGUACAAGGCCAUUCACCUUUUAAACAGCUGGUCAAUAGAUUUGAGAAUGAGUUGAUUGUUGCUGUUGGUAAAGGUGAACCUGCUGCAGUGAUGACUGAAUAUGGAUUUAAAAAUGUUCUUUCAAUAGAUGAGUAUGCAUCCUACUUUGACAACAUUGAUCCACUGGCACACUAUAAGAAAUGGACAAUUAAACAUGCUGCUAAUCAAAAUAUAACAUCUAAAGAGAUGGCUUCAAGAAUUUACUCUCAGAGAGUUCAGGCAGCAUUUAUUGUUAGUGAACCUGUUGACUGGAGCAGAGACAUUCAGGUUCUUUGCGACAUUUUAAGAACUGGAGGUCUUCCUGGAAGGGAAACUGGACACCAACCUCAUCUAUAUUUUGCAAAUGAUGAUCUUGAAUACCAGGCUACUUUCCCUAUUGAACGUCUUGGUAUGGGAGCUUUCAGAAUUGCUUUAGAAUCCAUCUUCAAUAGAAUCCACCCCAAAGCUCUGGAAUAUACUUCUUUUGGCAAGCCAAAUCCAUCAGUAUUCCAGAAUGCUGAAACUGUGCUAAAGCAACUAGUGUCAUCUCUUCAUCCUAAUGCUCAUGAUGUGAAUCGUGCAACUCCUCAAAGUCAUCUUUUCAAAACACUAUAUAUGGUAGGAGAUAACCCUUCGGUUGACAUCAAUGGUGCACGCCAGGCUGGACGACCCUGGUUUUCAAUUUUGACUAGGACAGGGGUUUUCAAGGGAAAGGAAAACCAUGCCAAGUUUCCGGCAGAUCUGGUUGUUGACACCGUAGAAGAGGCUGUGGACUACAUAUUGAGAAAGGAAGUCACCCAUUAAAAGUCUAUGUGCCCAUAUUCGAUCAAGAUUUUUUUGCCUCAUUGUUUCAAACACAGCUAUUAAUUAUUUUUGAUUAAAGGUUGUUCUAUCAUGUACAAGUCAAUUCAGUUUAAUAACAUCAUUUUCGUCAAGAAUUAUGAUA